AUGGUGUCGCAAAAAUCUCUGCGCGCAAAUGCGGACAGUGAGAAAGAAAAUAAGACGACCGCAAGCGUCUCAUGCGCGUCACCACCAGGCUCAAGUGGCGCUGCACAUGUAGGAAGCGGUGAUGCUAUCGGUGCCAAACAAGUGAAAGAAAAGCCGCAUGAGCCGUUGCCUGUUGGCCCGGAUGGCGUCAGUUCCAGCGCCGCCGGCUCACCAGAUGCGAGCGGAGGAGACGGCAACAAAGAUGAACUGGUCAUCGGAGAGGAGUAUAUGGUCCAGCGACAGGAUGGGUCGUGGCAUCUAGCACAGUUGAUACAGUCACGACAGAAUCCUUCAGACCCGACACAAUUGGAGUAUUAUAUUCACUAUGAAGGUCUGAAUCGACGAUUGGAUCAAUGGGUAACACGGGAGCGCAUUUCGACCGAUCCCAUGUUGAGCGGCAGCCCGACGGGAGCCGGUGAGCGUUCUACUAUUGUAUCGCUUCCUUCAACCAUCUCUGCCGACGGAAGUUCGGUGAGAAAAAGCCCACUUGGGUCGAGCUCGGUCAACGCGAAGGACAGCCAUACAGGUCGUCUGGGAGGAUUGAAACCGGGAUCAAAAGAGAUCGGCGCAAUGGUGAUGACCAGCACAGAUCACAUUGGCUCCAGCCUCGACGGUGCCGAUUCAGAUCGCAAAAUUACACGAAAUCAGAAGCGGCGGCACGACGAGAUCAACCACGUGCAGAAAACGUACGCCGACAUGGAUCCGACAACGGCUGCCCUCGAAAAAGAGCACGAAGCAAUUACAAAAGUAAAAUACAUCGACAAGCUGCGAAUUGGGAAGUACGAAAUCGAUACGUGGUACUUUUCGCCGUAUCCAGAAGAGUACGGAAAGGUUGGCACGAUGUACGUGUGCGAGUACUGCUUGCGGUACAUGCGCUUGGCGAAGACUUUGAAAGAGCAUAAAGCCGUCUGCACUCGAAGACAGCCACCUGGCAAUGAAAUAUACCGCAAGGGUACACUGUCGAUCUUUGAAAUUGAUGGCAAAGAUCACAGGUUCUACUGCCAAACGCUGUGUCUAAUGGCGAAACUAUUCCUCGAUCACAAGACUCUGUACUAUGACGUUGAUCCAUUCUACUUCUACGUACUGUGUGAGAUUGAUCGAGAAGGUCAGCACAUCGUAGGGUACUUUUCCAAAGAAAAGGAAUCUCCGGAGGGAAACAAUGUAGCGUGUAUUCUAAUUUUACCACCGUAUCAACGCAAAGGAUACGGUAAGCUACUAAUUGCAUUUAGCUACGAGCUCUCGCGUCGAGAAGGCAUCAUAGGCAGUCCGGAAAAACCGUUAUCAGAUUUGGGAAAGCUCAGCUACCGGAGCUAUUGGGCGUAUACACUGUUAAAACUCAUCAAAGAUUACCGAACGACGACCAUCAAGGACCUAAGCGAACUGUCUGGCAUUACUCCCGAAGACAUCAUCUAUACGCUCCAGUCAAUGAACAUGGUGAAGUACUGGAAAGGUCAACACGUGAUAUGUGUGACAGUGAAGUUGAUCCAGGAGCAUCUACAAAUGCCACAGUUCAAAAAACCCAAACUAAUGGUGGACCCGGCGUAUCUCAAAUGGACGCCUCAGAAGCGCAACAAUCCCGCAAAACAGAUCAAGAAAAACUAGUCAAGGACUAGUCCCUAUAACAGGAUGGAUUUUAAAAUAU